AUGAAAACGGUUACCGCUACCCUCCGGGCAUCGAAACGCAUCAACCCCUAUGAUCCUAUGGGCAACUCGAAUCUCGGGGUAUCGUUGACCCAAGGGUCCAACACCAGCAUUAAUAUCUUAGCAAUGGUUUUUCGGUGGCUGUACGAGAAGAAGACAAAUGGGGAGGGCGUGGCUUCCGCUCGGUUGAGCACCACGGCUUCCCUGGCUGCAUCACUUCCACGCCAAAGGGAGAAUAUAUUUCACACGCGUUGCACUAUUAAGGAAAAGGUGUGUUCGGUGAUCAUUGAUGGUGGGGGCUGCACCAAUGUUGCUUCGACAAUUCUUGUCGAGAAGUUGAAGCUUCCAACAAUGAAACAUCCUCAACCAUACAAGCUCCAAUGGCUCAAUCAAGGGAAUGAACUCAAGGUAACCAAACGUGUUCUUAUAUCAUUUUCGAUUGGGAAGAACUAUGAAGAUGAGGUUGUAUGCGAUGUGAUUCCUAUGGAGGCAUCCCACUUGUUAUUGGGUAGACCGUGGCAAUUUGAUAUAAAUGCUAUGCAUGAUGAAUUUGCAGAUGUGUUUCCGGAGGAUUUGCCACUAGGAUUACCUCCCAUAAGAGGUGUUGAGCAUCAAAUUGAUUUGAUCCCCGGUGCUCCGCUACCAAACAAGCCAGCUUAUCGAUGCAAUCCGGAGGAUACAAAGGAGUUGCAUAGACAAGUCGAUGAACUUAUCCUCAAAGGAUACGUUCGAGAAAGCAUGAGUCCUUGUUCUGUUCCGGCUCUACUUGUACCUAAGAAGGAUGGUACAUAUCGAAUCAUUGUGUUUCUUGGUUAUGUGGUUUCCAAAGAUGGAAUCUCUGUUGAUCAAACCAAGGUGGAAGCUAUGAAGACUUGGCCGGUUCCGAAGUCCAUUUCUGAUGUAAGAAGCUUUCAUGGACUUGUUUCUUUCUAUCGACGUUUUGUCAAAAACUUUAGUACCGUCAUGGCUCCUAUAACUGAAUGCCUGAAGAAUCGUGCUUUUGAAUGGACAAAGGCUGCUCAAAACGCUUUUGACAUAAUCACAAAACUUUGUGAGUCCCCUAUUCUUGCACUUUGUGGAGUUGGUAUUGGUGCUGUUCUAGUGCAAGCACAAAAACCAUUGGCAUAUUUCAGCGAGAAAUUAUCUGAUUCCAAGAGGAAUUAUUCAACUUAUGACAAAGAGUUCUAUGCCAUUGUUCGAGCUCUUGAUCAUUGGAGUCAUUAUUUGAGGCCAAAGCAAUUUGUCCUUCAUUCUGAUCAUGAGGCGCUUAAGUUUAUUAGUGGCCAACGCAAACUUAAUUCGAGACAUGCAAAAUGGCUAGAAUUUCUUCAAUCCUUUUCUUUUGUCUCAAAAUAUAAACCGGGGCACACUAAUGUUGUAGCAGAUGCUUUAUCGAGAAGAUAUCAUGGGUUUCUUUUUAAAGGAAAUCAAUUAUGUGUGCCGAAGAGUUCUUUUCGCGAAUUGUUGAUUCGAGAAGCGCAUGGUGGAGGAUUGGCUGGUCAUUUUGGUAUUAACAAAACUCUUGAGGUUCUUCAAGAUCAUUUCUAUUGGCCAAAGAUGAGUGGAGAUGUGCAUGCUAUCAUCUCAAGGUGUGCAACUUGUCAAAGAUCAAAAAGCCAUUUCCAUCAAGGUUUGUAUACUCCACUUCUGGUACCAUUCCAGCCCUGGGAAGAUGUUAGCAUGGAUUUCAUCGUGGCUCUACCAAGAACUCAAAGAGGAAAAGAUGCUAUCAUGGUGGUCGUCGAUCGGUUCUCUAAAAUGGCUCAUUUCGUGCCAUGUCACAAGACCAAGGAUGCAUCUCAUAUUGCUGAAUUAUAUUUCAAAGAGAUUAUCCACAUUCAUGGAGUACCAAAGACCAUUGUGUCGGAUCGUGAUUCCAAGUUCUUAAGCCACUUUUGGACGACUCUAUGGAGAAUGCUUGGUACAAGACUCUUAUUCAACACAGCUUGUCAUCCCCAAACAGAUGGCCAAACGGAGGUAACAAAUCGUACUCUAACCACUCUUCUUCGUGGUAUGGUGAGUAAAUCAUUGAAAGAUUGGGAUUUAAAGCUUGUGCAUGCUGAAUUUGCUUACAAUCGAUCACCAAGUUAUACUACUGGUCGAUCGCCAUUUGAAGUUGUGUAUGGAAUUAAUCCUCUCACACCCAUUGAUUUGAUUCCAAUUCCUCUUGUGUGGCUUCACUUGAGGAAGGAGAGAUUUCCAUUUCGUCGAAAGAACAAGCUCAUGCCUAGAGCUGACAGUCCAUUUAAAGUUAUUCAGCGACUUGGUGACAAUGCUUACAAGAUUGACCUUCCAGGAGACCUCUCUCCUUACUUGGAGGAU